GUACUUAUAUCACUAUAUUAUGUACAUUUUUCAUUAUAUGAGGUGCUUCCAACAUUAUUUGAGGUGCUUCUCACAUUAUAUGAGGUGCUUCUAACAUUACAUGCGGUGAACUUAACAUUAUAUUAUGUACUUCUCCCAUUACAUACAGUAUAUUCAUUAUUAUAUGUGGUAUUUCUGUUAUUAUGAUGAUGAUGAGCGUUAAAUAUUAUGUCCGGUCCUGUAAGCCUUACGUGCGGUAGAUUUUGCAUUUCGUUGUGAUGUAGACACAGUAUUAUAUGCUGUGCUUUCGUCUUUAUGAUGAUGAUCUUUCGGAAGUUUAUUUUCGGAAUCUCUCUAAAAAUAUUAAAACGAUGGCGGGAAACGAGGACGAUAUGCUAAAGGAGGCAUUGUUUAAAGCGAAUCUACAAACUCUUCACUCAAACUUUUUGAAGGAAAACAUUGACUUUGAAAUUGCCCAGAAUCUCUCCGAUGGUCAGCUAUCUAGUCUUGGUGUAGCGACCAUCGGGGAGAGGCAUAAAUUAAGAAAUGCGUUGAGAGACGUUGCAGUUGUGGCAUCAAAACACCAAGACCCAGAGCCUGGGAGCAACAUAAGAAGCAUUCAGAUUGAAAGGUCACGCCUCUUUGCUUCUGGUAGAACUAGAACAUCAGUAUACUCAAAGACAAAAAAAAAGAAACCAAGAACCUGGACAGCAACUUUCAUUUGUCUUGCUGACCGAAACCAAAUGAAAGUGCCAACAUCCAUGGAAAGAGAAGUUUUGUUCAAGGCUGGUUUGGGUUACAAAAAAAUUCAGUUAUGUGAAGAAGACAAAGAAGAUGACAUGAUGGAAAAGCUCACUAAUGAAAACAACUUCUACCAACUCAAAAAUAUUGGUGGAUUUGAAUUGUUACGAUGUAAAUCCAACUGCAGAGAACUCUGUGCAAUUGACUGCCCAUGGACUGUCAGUGACCUAAAAGCUGCUGUUGGGAGCCAAGCAAAAAUUUAUAUUCGUCCCAUUCAGAGAAGUUUGUCUUUGAAACAAACACAACCCCAAAAAGAAACGACUAGGAAGGAGAAGUGCAAGGGGUGUGAAAAAGAAUAUCCCAUCAAUGAUCUGAGGAACCAUGUGAAAUACUGCUUCCUAUCUAAAGAAUUCCCCGAGUCUGAUGAGGAACAAUAUGAACUUCCAGACCCAUUUGGAGAUGAAAAUAUUACAAACCUAUAUAACAUUCAGAUGAAUGAAAGUCUACAAACUCCACUUGAUGCUGCAUCUGAAAUGCAGCUGUCGCAGGUUACCGAACACAGAAGUAACUGGUUACCACCAGCUGCCUCUGUUCCUGUGCAGCCAUCGGACAGAAGUAACUCGAUACAUGUACCACCAAAUGCCUCUGUUUCUGUGCAGCCAUCCGACAUUAAUACAGAACACAUGGUUCUACCAGAUGCCUUUGUUCCAGUGCAGUCAUCAUACAGAAGUAACUGGAUACGUGUACCACCAAAUGCCUCUGUUUCUGUGCAGCCAUCCGACAUUAAUACAGAACACAUGGUUCUACCAGAUGCCUCUGUUUCAGUGCAGCCAUCAGACAGAAGUAACUCGAUACAUGUACCACCAAAUGCCUCUGUUCCUGUGCAGCCAUCAGACAGAAGUAACUGGAUACAUGUACCACCAAAUGCCUCUGUUUCUGUGCAGCCAUCCGACAUUAAUACAGAACACAUGGUUCUACCAGAUGCCUCUGUUUCAGUGCAGCCAUCAGACAGAAGUAACUGGAUACAUGUACCGGUACAUGUACCACCAGCUGCCUCUGUUCCAGUGCAGCCAUCAGACAGAAGUAACUGGAUACAUGUACCACCAAAUGCCUCUGUUCCUGUGCAGCCAUCAGACAUUACAGAACACACAGUUCAACCAAAUGCCUCUGUUCCUGUGCAGCAGUCAGACAUUACAGAACAUAGGUUACCAAUGAUGGAGACAACACAGUAUCCCAACAACUCAUUAAACAAUUUUCCUGAAAGCGGACAUGAAAGAUUAAUUGAACCUGAGCAGAGGUUGACUAGUACAGAAGAUACUAUUAGUUUGGCAGAAUACAGAAUGUCAGAGAAAGAAGAUGCACCUAGUCAGGUUGAAGAUAAUAACUUUCAACAACUCUUAACAACAGUGUCUGAUGUUGUAGGAAUGGUUAAAAAUUAUUGUGAAGAAAAAAAUAUUGUGGACCCUGUCGACAUCUUGAAAAUUUUUCAAAAACAUAUUGUCACAGGGAGAAAACUAGAUUUAGUGAGUGAUUCAGAGACUAUAGAGGGCUUGACAAAUUUAAUAAUGGUUGAUAGACAUAACAUUUUAAAAACAGCUGUAGAUGAAAUUCAAUCUUUAGAAGAUUUGAGACCAUGUUUGGAAGUGCAGUUUUAUGGAGAGUCUGCCGUAGAUCUCGGUGGACCAAGGAAAGAGUUUUUUGCUCUUGUGCUCAGGGAAAUAAAGGAGAUGUACUUCAACCCUGUGAAGGAGUGGACACCUUCAAGCUAUGAAGCAGUAGGAAAAAUAUUAGCCCUGAGUCUCCUCCAAAAUGGUAAACUUCCAAGAGUUUUCAGUUCAGAUAUUGUAGAGGAGUUUACCAGUCCCAAUGCGAGGGAGUUCAUUCAGGAGCUUCGAAAGGGAUUAGAUGCCCUUGGACUUUGUCAGAUGAUGUGUACGUUUCCACAGCUUCUUCAUCUGUUCACUGAUAAUGAUACACAAAACUUUCUGACAUUAAAGAGACUAACUAGUCUUUUGAAAGCGGACUUCAGUGUGGAUGGGUCCAAUCAAAGGCAGACAGAGGGGAAGAUUUACUCUGCAUUCAUUAAAUAUUUGCGGGAGGUUGCUGGAGGAAGAAGGGGGGAUGUUUCAUUAUGCAGCAUCUUGAAAUUUGCCACUGGUUCAGAGGAGGAACCAGUUCUAGGAUUCCACAUCCAUCCAUCAAUAGCAUUUGUGAAAAAUGCAUCUUUAGUACCAACAUCUAAUACAUGCAUUAACAAACUGAAUUUGUCUAUCCCACAUGGGAACAUGGAAGUGCCUUCCGAAGACAUCCUGUUUAAUCUCUAUGAUUAUGCAUUUUGCAAUGCUUACUUUGGACUUCAGUAAAGAUGUUAAAAAACAACCAGAAUAUUCAGGUUUCAGAUAAAAUUUAAGGCAACAUAUACCGGUACUGGCAUUAUCCAAUUUGUCUUUCUGUUCAAUUUUUCAUCAUUAUUUUCUUGCUCAGAAAUCAUUUUGGCUCACCUCGAUAAAAUUAACAUUGGUGUCCAAGUUAAAGUUAUAGGAGCAGGUCCAUUCCCAAGUAACUAUAAGCACUACCCUGGACCAAACUUUCAUGAAUGAUGCAUAUAAGGAUAAACACUACCCAAUCUGUUUCAGAUGCUGGAUCUGACCCACAUGAGUGAAUUUUAGCCAUGUUUAAACUAGUUAUACUUUUAUAGCUUGUAAGAUGUAUCUAGGGAUGCACACUUCCAGUCUUGCUUUAGGUGCUGAAUAUGGCCUACAUUCUUUAGAUUAGAGCUUAUUUUUGAGAAGUUCUAUAAUUUUAUGACCUGCUAUGAUUAAAAAUUGCAUCUAAGGAUGGGCACAUCCAGACUUGCUGCAAAUGUUGAAACUUGGUCAGUGAGCUUUUCUGAUCACAUUUUGUCUGUCAUCCCUCUGUCCGUUCAUAAACUUUUCACAUUUUCAACAUCUUCUUUAGAACCACUGUGCCAAAUUUUUCAACCAAACUUGGCACAAAACACCAUUUGGCAAAGGGGAUUCAAAAUCUUCUUCUCAUAGAAAAGAACUAUUUGGCUAAAAAGCUGAAAGUUAUAUGGCAGCAUCAUCAGGUUUUGUAGAUUCAAAGUUGUGAAAACCAUGACCCACGGGGUAGGGUGGGAUCACAAUGUGGUAAGGGGCAAUUUUUUUUUACAUAGGACAAAAAUUAAAUUAUUUUUGUAAACUUAGGUGUUAUAAUACAUGGUUUUAUUAAAAUGCGAGCAUCUUGACAUAUUAUUGAUUCUCAAUUGCUUAGAACCUUAUGGAUAUUGCUUAGGUCUUCUUGAGAAUUGUAAUACUCAUUAUGUGAUAUGACUUUGAAAUCAUCCUGUUCAAAAGUGGCUCAAUGUUCAACAUAAUAAUAUCUGAAGAAAAAUUUGAAAGUCUUUUAUAUCUUUACUCUAGUACAUUGUCCUGAUGUUAUGUAUUUGAAAUUGACUCCAUAAAUCUGAUUUCAUUAUGGCUAUUGUAGCUCAGGUGAGCAAUGUGGCACAUUGUUUAGGCCUCUUGUUUAGCAGAUCCAUUUCUAAGUAACUGUAAGUUCUACUUAAGUCGUAAAAAUAUAAUGUGAAAUUUGCCAUACCUAUUGAUAACAUUUGUGGAGGUGAGCUUUGUUUACCUAUGUUGUUAAAUAUUUUAAUUGUUUUCUUUUCUUCAAUUAAGAAGUUUGGAUGAAGUUAUACACCUGUAUUUUGCAGCUUAAUCUGUCAGUUUUUAGCUAAGAAACAAAAGUUAGGGGAGUUUAUAUUAUACCCCUGGUGUCGGCGUCCGGACCUAUUUAAAGUUUUUGUUGCAGGUCCUGUAUCUUAGUUAUAACUUGUCCUAUCUUCAUCAAACUUGCAUUGACUGAGCAUCUUGACUUACUUAUGAGCUUGAAAGACUUGAAUGCUGAAUCUGGGCCAUAAAUUUCAGAUGCCAGAGGAGGUUAAGGUUUUUGGAGCAGGUUAAUGUUUUUGGGGCAGGUGCCCUUUGAUGACUUGGUUAUCACUGGUUAUCACCAAAGUUAUCACCAAGUUAUCACCAAACUUGCAUGGAUGGUGCGUCUUAUGAUACUUAUGCACUGGACAGGCUUGAAUGCUGAAUCUGAGCUAUAGAUUUCGGAUGCUGAAUGAGGUUCACGUUUCAGAGGCUGGUUAAAGUUUUUAGCAGAAAAAAUAUUCUUUUAAUAAAAGUAAUAUGGUGUAUGUAUUCCAUAGAUUCAAACGCUGGCAGUAAAAAUCUUGAUUUUCACAUUGCUUUCAGACAAACAAGCCAACUACUUUCGUAUAAGUAUGAGAAAAUUAUCUUUUUUGUCCUCUUUAUUGUGUUUAUGCUUUUUCAUAGGGAAAUAAUUUCAGUCUUUUUGAGAUUUUUGUAAAUUGUAAAUUAUAGGCAUUUGGCCUGUCUUGUUCACCCAUCUUAUUUGUAGCAUAUAGAAAUUCUCAAAACUUCAUGACAAAAGAAGUUCAUUAUCAUAUUAUGUGUCUUGUAUUAGUUGCAGGGUCAUUUAGACAAAGUAAAAAUCCAAGGUUUCUUACUUUACACGAAGGUUUCUUAUGACUAGAGGGGGUGUCAUGGUCAUAAUUAAGUUGCAUAUAAUUGUGAUGAGGACCAAAGGAAUUGCAUUGUAAUUUUUUAAAAUUGUUACUGAGUUAUUGUAAUCUGCAUUUCUUAAGUUACAACCAACUAUUGCAACUUUGUUAAUUUGUUUACAAGUUCACAAUUAUUUUGUAUAAUUCCUUUGAAAUAAAACAAAUAAUUGAU